AUGGAGCUGCACCACCUCUGGAUGGUCCUGCUACUCAGGCUGAGGCUCUUCACGGGUGAGCGGGUAACCAUAGAGAAGUCCUGGAUGGAUGGGUCAGACCGGAGCUCGCUGACUGUGCUCAGUGCGCAGGCCGCACACAGCCUCACCGCUGAUGUAGCUGCCCGGAGACUCUACUGGAUCAGUGACUCCAUGAAGGUAAAGUUUAUAUUUUGA